UUCAAAGUUGUUAGCACGAAAAGAUAGUUAUUGAAGAAAAACGCUAUUUUGUUGAUUUGUAUUUUGAAAAACAACGUUUUGGUUGAAGUUAUUGUGAUGCAGUCUCUGCUUUGUUUCUAUAUAAUAACGCAGCUUAUCUUUUUCUUUGAGACAUCAAAUGGAAACUUUAUCAUUCAACCAGUUUCUCAAGCACUUGAAGGCUAUGUUGCACUUACCCCACAGCCGCUUCCUCAGGCCUUGAAAAGUGAAAGUCAGCUUGAGAUCAUUAAUGAAUGGAAGUAUAUGGAUUUUGAAUAUCCAACAUUUGUGGAACGUCAAAGGGCGAUUUUAAAUGGGGAAUUCAUACCGAGGAAUAAUUUACCUCUGGGUAUUGACGUCUAUCUUAAUCGCCUUUUUAUAACAACACCGCGUUGGAAAGGUGGUGUGCCUGCAAGUUUAGGUACAAUCCCAAAUCCACCGAAAGAGUCAAGUCCAGCAAUUAGACCAUAUCCCAAUUGGGAAGCUCAUGGAAACCCCAAUAACCCUGACUGCUCAAAACUAAUUUCUGUUUAUCGCACAGUAGUGGAUACAUGUCAUCGAAUAUGGAUGAUAGAUUCUGGAGUUGUAAAUGCCACAAUCAAAAUUAAUCAGAUCUGCCCUCCAAAAAUAGUUGUAUACGAUCUUAAAACUGACAAACUGCUGGGGCGACACAAUUUAGAAGAGUCUCAGGUGAAACAAGAUUCUUUGCACUCUAAUAUUGUUGUGGAUAUUAAGGAUCGUUGCGAUGAUGCCCAUGCUAUUGUGGCAGACGUCUGGAGAUUUGGUCUUAUUGUAUACAGCCUAUCAAAGAACAGAAGCUGGAGAGUGACUAACUAUAACUUUUAUCCGAACCCAGUUGCUUCAGACUUUAAUGUUUACGGAUUAAACUUUCAAUGGUUGGACGGUGUUUUUGGAAUGAGUAUAUCUUAUGACCAAAAAAGUAUGCAACGUGUUCUUUAUUUCCAUCCCAUGGCAAGUUUUAAGGAGUUCAUGGUUCCGAUGGACCUUUUGCUGAACGAAACUUAUUGGCUAUCAAACAGUGAAGAUCGGGCAAAGCAUUUUACUUCGAUUGGGGAUCGCGGACCCAACAGUCAAUCGUCUACCUCCGGAGUUACAAGAAAUGGCGUAAUGUUUUUUACACAAGUUCAUAAAGAUAACAUUGGCUGCUGGGACACAACGAAACCAUACACUCGAGCCAACUUGGGAAACCUACUUGACCUGGACGACAACACAAAUAUAAUUCAAUUCCCAAACGACCUUAAAGUGGAUAACGAGGAAAAUCAAAGUGUGUGGAUUAUAAGUAACCGGCUGCCAAUCUUUUUGUAUAGCAAUCUAGACUAUGAAGAUAUCAAUUUCCGAAUAUUAAAGGGGAAUGUGAACAAGAUUGUGAGUAAUAGUGUUUGUAAUCCAAACAAUGAGUACAUAAACGGAUCAAAAUCAUCUUUUUUGUUAUUAGAAGAAGGCCAAUGCUAUUAAUAAACAACAAAAACAUGAA